AUCAGAAAAGACGUAAACAUUUCCUCGUGAAACGAAAUUCGAGUAAAAUUUAAUUAUUUUGACAAGGAAAUGGUCGCUAACACACAAAUGGAAGAACUUAUUUGUAUUCCUGGGCAACGAAUUUGUCCAUUGACGGAGGAAACGAUAUCUGGGGAAGGCACUUACGAACGCGGCGGAUAUAUUUACUCCAACUUGGCGGGUGUUUUAAAGUUUCGCAAGUCAGAAAAGAUCACUUACAUCGACGUCAUUUCGCCAAAAGCGAAGACAAUUCUACCAAUUCCGGGUGACGUCGUUACCUGUCGCGUGCAAGUUGUGAACCAAAGAUUUGCCAAAUGUCUCAUAAUUGGCAUCGGAGAUGUCGUGUUAACGCGGCAUUUGCGUGGAAUUUUGCGAAAAGAAGAUGUGAGGGCGACAGACAAGGAUCGCGUUGAAAUUUACAAGUGUUUCAGACCGGGAGAUAUAAUUUUAGCGAAAGUUUUGCCACAAACGGAGCUCCAUACGUAUCAAUUGACGACGGCGGAAAACGAGUUGGGAGUUGUUGUGGCGACGUAUCGAGGACAAGAUGUGCCCAUGACGCCAAUUGGAUGGACGGAGAUGCAGUGCCCGGUGACGUUGGCGAAGGAACCGCGCAAAGUGGCGCGACUUAUGACGGAAAAUCAGCUGCAAACGCUGCUGAAGACUGAAGUUAAAGACGAAAAGAUGGAGGAAUAAAUUAUUUUUAUACAAGAAAAAUUUUUUGAUUUUUGCUUAAUUUUG